CGUCAGUUCGUCACCCUCAAUCCCUCACAUCUUCCUGGUUUUAGUGUUUAAACAUCACUGUGGUAGCAUCUGGAUAGCCAUUCACCGACCAGACAUUCACUGGGGAUACCUAAGAGAUGCAUCCUCUCCCUCAAUCUCUUCCUAAGGAAUGCCACAAGGCCGAAAGAAUCAUGAGAGGGUUUAUUGAGCCCAGUAGGAAUGGUUUGGACGGGGUUGUCCCCCGGCACGUGCUUUCCCAGGCCCUCGGAUUCGUUAUCUUUACUGUCAUCAAAGCUGGAUUCCUCUUCUCUGCUCGCGGUGGUUCUGGUGUUGUCAUCGCUCGGCUUGCGGACGGAACUUGGUCAGCCCCUUCCGCAAUAGGCACCGCUGGAAUGGGCUUUGGGGGUCAGGCUGGCGCAGGAUUUGCUCAUUUAUCAUUCUUUUCGGGCACCACUCAUUCUUGCCAUUCCCUCACCGCCACCCACGAAGAAAUUACCGAAUUCCUCAUUGUUCUCAAUUCCCGUUCCGCUCUUCAGUCAUUCAUGGCUGCUGGUUCACUGACACUCGGAGGGAACUUGUCGGUCGCCGUAGGACCUCUUGGAAGGAAUGGGGAAUUAUCUGGCUCCGUCAAUACCAAGGGAAAAGUUGCUGCGAUGUACUCGUAUUCCAAGACAAAGGGAUUAUUCGGGGGUAUCUCUCUCGAAGGGUCUGUCAUCUUGGAACGACAGGACGCCAAUUGCAAGGCGUACAAUGACCACCGUGUCAGUGCUAAAAUGCUCCUUUCCGGUCAAGUUCCGCCACCUCCCUGGGCUAUGGGAUUGAUUGACACACUGGAGAAAAGUACUGGAAGCGUCAAAGGGUGGAUCCAAGAGGAAGUAACACCUGAGUCGAAUCUCAACUCAUAUGCAUUUGGCUCUGGCAUUCAAAGCCCGCCAAGCCAGUCGAGGAGUUCCAGCGAAUCAAAAACCAAGUCUCAAGUCGAGAAGGAAAACGGAAAGUCUGUCGGUGGAGUAUCGCAGAAAAAUUCAACCGACUCAUUUUUCUCAUCGCGAAAGCUCAAGAAAUUCAGGGGUGGGUUUAAAUCUACUGAGGAUGAGUGGGACAGUGAUCUCCGAGAACACUACCGCUCCACGUCUCCUUUGGCCGAUUCACCAUUCCGCUCCACUCCAACCGUUGGAUUUGGCGCCGACGAUCUGGCCGCAAGAGAUGACCCCUUGUUGUUCACCUCUAUUCCGUCGAAACCAUCCAUCACAGCAAAGCAAGCACGCGAUUCAACAUCUCAAUUUGAGACGCACUUCGAGUCCGAUUUCGACCCGUUCCGCGAUGUUGGUGAGACAACGCAGCCCGCCCAUCGGCGAAAUACACAAAGUCUUUCCUCGUCCUCGACGAACAACGACGCGAACGUACCAACGGGCCAAGGAUCCGGCCACAGCUACACUGAGCCCUCAUUCAGCCUCUAUGAUCAUCCAACUCUUCACAAGGUCAUGACGGGAGGUUAUACUGGGUUCGGUUCGAACACAUUUCGUACCUCUGUCGAUGCGGAGCCGCCCCGCUAUUCGGAUGAGACACGAACGCCGCCGUUGACUACAUCAAUCGAUUCCUCUGACACCUCGUCACCAUCUCCCGUCUCCCAACGCGCAUCCACUCCUUCACACAAUCUGUCGUUUAAACGGGGUCUCAACAGUCAUGAACGAGAUGACGGAUUGGAAAGAGCUGUAGCAUUGUUUGAUUACAAUGCUCAAGAGGAUGGCGACCUUUCUUUCAAGAAGGGUGACGUGAUCACCAUCGUGAAACGAACCGGGAGCACAGAUGACUGGUGGACGGGCUCCUUCAUUCACACUCGGGGGUCGCUUGCGUGUUUGCCCCUGGAUGCCUUCUGGGCACCUGCAAUUUCCAUUUUCGAAAUCUGUCCACUGCAAUAUCCUGAUCGCUCAUACCCAUCUGCGACCAGCAUGUAUCGUAUAUCUACCAUUCUUUUCCUCUAGAUGUACCUUCGGCCCGUCCCUGUAUCCACUACAUUCCACGCUGCACAUUGUAUACAAUGAGAAACUAAUUUCGACUCGUUAUCUCGUUU